AUGAUUGAUACAAAUAAUACUUCCGAUCCCAUCGAAGCAGUUACCUGUCCAGCUGCUUUUGCAUCAAUGGAGGCAUGCAAGACGCCGGUAAUGCCAUAUGAGGAGGUGAAGCCCAACUCGUUUAUUCUUCUCUUCAAGGGCGUGCCCCAUGAUAUUGGUCCAUUCAUUAGUGACCAUCCUGGUGGCUCGGAUAUUUUAAAAAUUCUAGAAGAAGGUUCUGAGAUAUCUGAACUCAUGUGUGAUAAAUCAGUUCAUGUGCAUUCGGCGCUUGCCUACAGGCUGUUGGAGGGAAUGAAAAAACGCUCGGCUUCUAACGGUGAUCGCGGUAGUCGUACUGAUGGUGAUCAACACGAAACUCAAAAUGCUUUUUUGGAUCUUUCACGCCCCUUGGUUUGGCAAUUGUUAUCUAAAGAAUCCAAAUUUUCAAAGGCCGAUUAUUUGAAUGGAAUUCAUACCCCUCAAUUUCUGCAUCAUUCUGCUCGUUUAUUUGAAAGCGAUUUAUUGGAAAGCCUGUCAAAGACUGCCUGGUGGGUAAUUCCACUGAUUUGGAUACCCGCGGCAAUUGCGCUAUUUACGAUCGGACAAAGCAUUUCCUCCUCUGGUUCUUUCAUUAUAAACCUUGGAUUUUCUUUUUUCGGGCUUUUUCUUUGGAGCUUUGUAGAAUAUAUGGUCCAUCGGUUCUUAUUUCAUAUCGACAAUACCCCGUUCUUUCCAGAUAACAAAAUUUUCCUGCUCGCUCAUUUCUUUCUGCAUGGCAUUCAUCAUUUUAUGCCAAUGGACCCCUACCGCCUAGUGAUGCCUCCGUUGAUGACGCUAAUUCUGGGGUCGUUUAUUUGGGGGGUUCUGAGAAUCUUUACCUCUAAUUUGCCAAUCCGGAUGUUCAUAUAUUCUGGGCUUCUCGUUGGAUAUGUUUGGUAUGAUCUGACACAUUAUCAUCUCCACCAUUAUCAUGAAAAUUAUACGCUUUCAAAGGUGAUGGGGCCACAGGAGCCUUUAAGGAAAAAGCACAAUGGGCACCAUUACCGUAGUCCAGGCAAAGGUUUUGGAGUCUCGUCCUCGUUUUGGGAUCAUGUAUUUGGAACCAUGAUAGCGGACUAA